AUGGAGAUAAUGGAGAUAUUCGAAUUAUCUCAAGUGUCUCGGCGCACACUGAAUUACCUGAAUCUUGCAAGAAUAUCGGUUGAAACGGUUAAUAUUGUCAAUGGAAGUGCGGAUAAAAUAAUGGUCUUCAAUAGAAGUUGUACAGAAAGAGUGUUCCUUAUUGAAUUUUUGAAAACACCUCAACCAGUAGUUGGUCAAAUGAAGGUGAAUAAUAUACGUAUUGAUGUUUGUAGCAAGGACGCAGCCAGAAAAAUCAUAAAUUGUAAUUCCAACCAAUUUGGAUACGGUGUCGUUCAUAUAUUGGCACAUCUGAAUAAAAUAUUCUAUCGAAUGGAUAUUGCACUCGGAAUUGAGAUGACUACGCUAAAUGCAAUGAGAGGGAUAUUGUGUUAUCCGAUUUUUAGAAAAUGUUAUUAUAUGCAGUUCCGGGGGGAAAAUGAGACAUUGUCGAAUGAGGACUGCGAGUAUCUAUUGGAGAAGGCUCAGCCAGCUACUGGAAUCACUAUAUUUUGCAAACUGAGUCCAGAUUUUAAUUACAAAAAGAUUCUUCACUUCUCCCGUCUCCGUGUACCGAAUCUAGGAAAGAUGCCUCUGGAAGACUUGAAGGUGUUAGAUAGCGAAAUCGCGAAUCUGGGGAAUCACCAAUUCACAGAAACUGAUAUCAAUGAAUUCCUACAUCACUGGAUUAAGGGAAACAGUAGGAAAUUGAGACGUCUUAAGCUGGAUGGAUUCAAAGAUACUCCAGAUUGGGAUAUCUUAUUGAAGGACAUAGUCUAUACGGAAUGGAAUCCAAGGGAAAGAGGAAGAUAUUACAAAUCAAAGUACACGGUUGAAGUGGAAACUAUCGAUUGUGAGAAUGGAAUGGAUUUCAGGAACAAGGAUGGAGAACUGGCUACUGUAGUUCAUCAUUUGGAAUUCUUGGAUUUUCUCAUUUGGAAUAACAGAUUCCCAGAAUAA